AAUUUAACCUACAAAACCAUAGCGCUUAUAAUUGAACUCCAAAACCCAAAAUCCACCAUAAAAAUUGCAUCUUUUCUACAUUUACAACAACCCCAUAUAAUUUUUUUGUGAAAAAAAUUGAUUCUUGUUAAGAACAAAGAGAUUGAUAAUGGAUGAAUCAGAGAAGAGAAAGGAAAGGCUUAAAGCUAUGAGAAUGGAAGCUUCACAAAGUGGAGAUUACAAUGAAGCUGUUGGUUCUGGAGGUCUUACAAACCCUUUAACUGAUGUGCCUUCUGGUAAUGUUGAAUCUUAUGCUAUGCCAACGCCAAGAUUUGACUAUUAUACUGACCCCAUGGCAGCUUUUUCUGCAAAUAAAAGGAGUAACAAUCAACCCCAUGUCAGCCCUCAGGUUUCUCAACAGUGUUAUACCCCUCCAAGAGCAACGAACCCUCGAUCUCCAAUUUGUACUCCUCGAGGCAACUAUUCCGUAGAUCAGAGAUCACAAGGAGUCCAUCAUAACCCUCUUGGAAACCCUGGGCAAAAUAGUCCUUUUGGCACACCACAAAGAGGUUCCCCUAGUGCAUGGAAUAACUCUUUUGGCACACCUAACAACUACCUUCCACCUAAUUCCUCAAUGGGUGGUAACUUUGCCAGUCCUGGCAUUCAUCAAGGUGGAAGACCUGGUUUCCAUUAUGGACAAGGUAGCGGGCGACCUGGUUCAGGAUAUGGAGGCAGCCCUUACCAAGGUUCAGGAUAUAGAGGCAACCCUUACCAAGAUUCAGGGCACAGAGGCAGCCCUUACCAACAUUCAGGGAACAUAGGGACCCCAUACCAACGUCCUGGGAACAGAGGGAUCCCUUACCAAGGUUCCGGGCAAGGCAGGAGCCAUUGGAGGGGUAAUAGUUCUAGUCCUAUUUCGUUUCGAGGUGGUAGAAGGGGGGGAAGAGGUUCCCACGGAGGCACAUCAGGGGAGUCUAGACCAGAUUUGUAUUAUUCAAAGUCAAUGGUAGAAGAUCCAUGGAAAGAGUUGAAGCCAGUUAUCUGGAAGGCAUUCUCUGAUAAAUCCUGGCUUCCAAACUCCAUUAGUGCAAAAAAAGCCAAACUCCCAGAUGCUCCAGUAAAAUCGAUUCCUCAGCAAAGCCUUGCCGAGUGUUUGGCUGCCUCAUUUAAUGAAGCAGCUAGCAGUGAGGCUGCGACUGAUGGGUCUGGAACAUGAUUGUCAUGUGAUGCCUCAGUGUCUUGCUUAUGAUGUUCUCACUCUCCUAAUAUCGUCAAAAUGCAAGUUUAGCAGCAGUUGAGUAGUUUGACAUUUAUUGUGAGUUAACAUCGAAAGCUAAUAAGCUCCGGUCUCUGUUUCACCUGAAUUAUGCUGUUAUAGCAUAUGAC